CUCUCUCUCUAUCCGUACCUAAUAAUGACGCGACACGCUCACCCUCCUGUUUCCCUCCACUCUCUCUCUCUCUCUCUCUUCUUUUCACUUUGCCGUUCGCUCUCGCUACUUCCAGAUUCGGAGACGCGUUUCUCCGUUCGAUUCAAGUUCCGAUACCGAGCUCCGCCGUCGCGGUCGGCCCGGCGUUUUUCCUCGCUGUACUCCGACAGGAUUCUCGUAAUUUUCUGGAGUGCUCUCUAAUGAGAGAAAAUGUCUCGUUUGUCUAAGGACAUCGAUCCGGCAUUCCAAGGUGCAGGAACGAAGGGUGGUUUAGAGAUCUGGUGCAUCGAGAAUCUUCACUUAGUUCGCAUCCCAAGGGCUUCACAUGGGAAAUUCUAUUCUGGGAGUGCGUACAUAGUAUUGGAGACAGUUGUGGGAAAGAGUGGCUCUCCUCAGCAUAGCAUUCACUACUGGCUAGGAACCGACGUUAAGGAGGAUGAUCUGGCUCUGGCAUCAGAUAAAGCCCUUGAAUUAGAUGAAGCCCUAGGGUCUUGUGCUGUGCAAUAUAGGGAAGUUCAAGGCCAAGAAACAGAGAAGUUCUUGUCCUUCUUCAAACCGUGCAUUAUACCCAUCGAAGGAGUGUACAAGUCAGAAACAGGAAUUUCGAAUGGGGAAAAGUACUGCAUCAGCUUGUUUGCAUGCAAGGGAGAGCAUGUUGUUCAUGUUAAAGAGGUUGCAUUUGGUCGGUCAUCCUUGAAUCACUAUGAUGUGUUUAUAUUGGACACCGCUUCAAAAAUAUUUCUUUUCAGUGGGUGCAACUCUAGCAUACAAGAACGAGCUAGAGCUCUGGAAGUUGUUCACUACAUUAAAGAAAAUAAGCAUCAUGGAAACUGUGAGGUGGCAACCAUAGAGGAUGGGAAGUUUGUUGGUGAUGCUGACGUCGGCGAGUUCUGGAGUUUCUUUGGUGGCUAUGCUCCUAUUCCUCGAGAUUCACCAUCUGCAUUCCAGAAGCAGGAAAUUGUUCAAUCUGUAAAAUUAUUCAGGAUAAUGACUCGGGGGAAACUAUUUGAAGUAGCAAAGGAGCUAUUGAGCCAAGAAUUGCUCGACACAGAUAAGUGCUAUUUGUUGGACUGUCACACCGAGAUUUUUGUAUGGAUGGGCAGGUGCACCUCAAUGAUGGAACGGAAGUCAUCGAUUUCAGCUACAGAAGAUUUUCUCCAAAAUGAGGGCAGAUCAACAAGGACUCAUGUGACCUUAUUAACUGAAGGAUUAGAAACUGCCAGGUUCAAGUCACACUUUGUAAAUUGGCCUAAGAAAGAGGAACUGAAGUUGUAUGAAGAAGGUCGAGGGAAAGUAGCAGCAAUGUUCAAGCAACACGGUUAUGAUGUAAAGGAGCUUUUAGAAGAUGACCAUGAGCCACUUCUAAACUGCAGAGGGACAAUUAAAGUCCUGCAGGUCAAUAGCGGUGAGGCAUCCCUUAUUCCGCUUCCAGAUCAGUCAAAACUUUUCAGUGGUGAUUGCUAUAUUGUGCAGUACACUUACCCUGGAAAAGGAAGGGACGAGAAUCUAUUCUAUGCUUGGUUUGGGCGUGCUAGUCAAUUGGAGGAUAGAGUUGAUGCUCUUUCUCAUAUGUAUGCCAUUGCUGAUUCAACCAGGGGGUUUCCAACUUUGGCUCAGGUUUAUCAGGAUAAUGAGCCAGAACAAUUUUUCUCGAUUUUCCAAACAUUAAUUGUUUUCAAGGGAGGUAAAAGUUCAAGGUAUAGGAAGCUAAUAGCUGAAACAGGCAUGCCUGAUGAAACUUUUGAUGAGACAAAGACAGCACUAUUCCGUGUCCAAGGAAAGAAUCCAAAUAACAUGCAAGCCAUCCAAGUUGAUCAGGUUUCAAGCUCCCUCAAUUCAUCUUAUUGUUACAUCCUCCAGACUGGAUUUUCUGUCUUCGCUUGGAUUGGAAAUUUAUCUUCAACUGAAGAUCAUGAACUCCUAGACCGAAUGAUUGAAAUCAUAAAUCCCACAUGGCAACCUGUGUCUAUAAGGGAAGGAAGUGAACCAGAUAUAUUUUGGCAAGCAUUAGGGGGAAAGACUGAAUAUCCAAGGGAAAAAAAGGUGAAGCAAUACAUAGAAGAUCCACACUUGUUCGCAGUGACUCUAAUUGAGGGUGAUAUCAAGCUAAAAGAAAUAUACAACUUCGCACAAGGUGAUUUGACCACUGAGGAUGUUCUCAUAUUGGACUGCCAAAGUGAACUUUAUGUUUGGAUUGGGCGCCUGUCUAGUGUUACAUCAAAAGAAGAAGCUCAUACUCUUGGCCAGAAAUUUCUUGAGAUGGACAUUUUGUCUGAAGGACUUCGUCAGGAGACUCCGAUGUACAUGGUUGUUGAAGGACAGGAGCCUCCAUUCUUCACUCGCUACUUCUCAUGGGAUCCGUCACAAGCAAAUAUGCAUGGCAACUCAUUUGAGCGGAAACUUGCUCUACUCAAGCGUGGAUCACAACAUUCUGAAGUAUCUGUGAGAAAUUCAUGGCCUGCAGGCUCCAGAGGGGGCACCCUGGAAGGUUCUAGAAGAAAUUCAAUCAGUUCUAAUGGGCGGGGGAAAAGUGCAUCGCCUCCUCUUAAUGUUCUAGGUACUAAAAGUUGGGCUUCAGAAAACCAGCUUCCUCACAGCCCUAGUCCAGUUGAGGUGAAGCUGUUCACAGGAUCUUCUCCUCAGAAUGGAAGUUCUGAUGAUUCAUCGGCAUUUGCUUGGUCUCCUGCAUUACAGCCAAUGGUGCCUCCUGACAAUGUUAGUGCUGACCAGGUUGAAGGAAGUGAUGCUUCCAACAAUUUGUCAAUAUACCCAUAUGAACGACUGAAAGUGAGAUCAAUGGACCCAGUUACGGGCAUUGAUAUCACAAGAAGAGAGGCAUAUUUAUCUGAAGACGAGUUUCGAGAGAUAUUUGGAAUCACGAAACAGGCUUUCUAUCAGCUUCCUAAGUGGAGACAAAAUAAGCUGAAAAUGUCUCUCCAUCUGUUUUAGACAGCAAACAUUAGAUGCGCCCUUUGCAGGUCUUCUAACUGUUGCAGAUAUAACGGAGUAUAUUUCUGAUAUGAGUGGUGGGGCUGCUUCCAGGUUAUAGUAUCAAAUGGUUCACUCAUUUGAGUCUGGAAUUAAGCUUGAGGAUCAAUGUGUCAUGAACAUUUAAUGGUCCCUAUGUAGUUGAAUGUUGGAUGGAAGAGCCUCUCAUUUACUUUUAGGUGACACUAGCAGGGGACAGUUAGUUGAGAUCGACAUGAAAGGCAGAUUUUCUUAUGCCGUCGAAAUAUUCUUUUCUUUUUGCAGUACAUUAGAGGAUUAUAACCUGAGAUGCUGAAUUGUUUGGCCCACAGAUUUGUCUAAUUAGAUGAAUUAACUAUGGAUGGAGAACGAUGUUGGUCCUGAUUGGUUUGGUGUUUACUUCUCUUAAUAA